AUGAUGAAUUCCAAUCCUGAAACAGUAUCUACAGAUUAUGACACCAGUGAUCGACUCUACUUUGAACCUCUUACAGUUGAGGAUGUUUUCAAUAUUAUCGACUGGGAAGGACCUGAUGGCAUCAUUGUGCAAUUUGGAGGUCAAACUCCACUGAAAAUGUCUAUUUCGAUUCAGCAGUACUUAGAUGAGAGCAAGCCAAAGUGUCGAAGUGGUCAUGGAUUUGUUUGUAUUUGGGGGACAUCACCGGAUUCUAUUGAUGCUGCUGAGGAUAGAGAGAGAUUCAACGCAAUCUUGAAGGAAUUAGAGAUUGAACAGCCAAAAAUAGGAAUUGCAGAGUGA